UAAUGAAACCAGAACUUAUUCCUAUUACAGAUCCAUUAGAUUUUAUUAUGAUGCCUAUUGAUCAAAAUAAAUCGUUUCAAUCUCGAAUUGGAAAUCCUUAAUUUGAGGAAACAGCCUCUAAUAUUGGGAAGUAAUAGAAAUUAAAUACGAAAGAAAAAUAGCAGUAUUCGGAAGAAAAUAUGAUAAUUUCAUAAGCUCUCUUUUUAGUAGUCAAUAUAGAUAUUAUUUUGAUGUUGAUAAUGAAUAUAUAAAACAAAAACUAAUAUUAUUACAUGCUCCAAUUAUUUAUAGAGGAGAUUGGACAUUAAGUAUUAUAAUCAAUUUGUAUUAUGUAGGUAAUGAGACAUAGAACUUUUUAACAACCAAAAAUAUAUAAGCUCCUGAUCUAUAUUUACCUUUAAUGGGAUUGAUUACUUUAGUUUUAUUACAAUGUUUAAAUAUUGGAAUAAACAAUGCUACCUAAUAUAUUUCAAUAUAUAUGAUCAAUUCUAUUUGGAAAUGUCUUAUAAUUUCAUUUAUUGAGGUAAUUUUUAUGAGAAUUAUGUUUUAUUUAUUUGGUAAUUUAAAAGUGAGCAUUAUUGAUUUGAUUUCAAUUUCAAAUUACAGAUAUUGCAGGUAAUAAUAUUUCUAUGUUUAAGUCUAACCACUCUAUUCAUUUUUAAUUUAAUGACUUAUCAUAUAUUUUGGACAGUCGGAACAAUAUACAUUUUAUUAAGUUAAGCUGUAUUUGUAUAUAAAUCUUCAUAAAUUUGUAUUGAACAAUAAAUUCAAAGUAAUUAAGGUAAUCAUUUUUAAUAAAUAAGAAUGUGAUAAUAGUUUAGAUCCCACUUUAGCCUUAUUAUUAUCUUUACUAUAAAUUACAUGCUCAUGUUUAAUUUUGUUUAUUAUAUGA